CCCGCCUCUUAUCUUAGUCUGCCCUCUUAUCUUCCCUUAUCUGCCUAUUCCCACUUUUCUCGCCUCUCCGUUCUCCCGGCGUUUGGAGUCCAAAGCAGCCCCUCUGCCCGGGCAUAAUUCGAAUGCUGGCUAAUGUCAAUGAUACUGAUAGCUGCACAGCUGGAGGCCAGCUCCAGCUUGCGGUGGAGGCGCUUUUCGCUUCAUUUUGGGCACCGAUCAGGAAGAAUUCAAAAUGGCGAAUGCAACCUGUACAAACGUUCCUUCUGGCUGCCAACAUACAGCAUUUGCGCGAGGUGCACGUCAACAUCUCACCAAUAAAUGCUCCACAAUACCCACUUGCGUUGGGAGUGGAAUGCGGGCGGCUGCCCCCUAUGCAUUGUUUGUGAGAAGAUCUUCUACACAAAGCUUCAAGCCCCAUCUCGUAUCUCCAAAACCAAGCCAGAAGCGCCAACCGCAGCAUCUGACCUUCUGGUGUCAAGCUUCUCAACAAACUGGAGACUCUGGGGAUGUUACAAACUCGGAAAAGGCCCUGGAGAGGCAGCCGGAGAUCAAGUCUGUUGAAAAAGGCCAAGGCCCGCCGCCGCUAACCAUUGUUGCAGGUGUUGUUGUUGUUGUUGGGGUAGUGACCAUUUUGAUCUCAGUGGUGAAGUUUCUCUUGAACACAAUCUCAUCGCUCAUAUCUUAACAUCAGGAUCUGAAUAUGCGCACUGACUUGCAAUGCGCCCCUUGAACCCCUGAGGGAGUCCAUUUUAGACCCAUGAAGGCCUUCUGAGUAUGACGUGAUUAAGUCAAGUAUUGCAUCCUGCAAGAUCUCUUUGUUCUACUUGCCCCAGAUAUGCUCAGCUUGGCGUACAAGU